AUGGAUCACCCUAUGUCAGAUUACCUGAGCACUUGGUAUUCACUUGAUAACCAAACUCAACAAACCACACAUUCGAACUUUGCAUUCCCAGCCGCUCAACAAGCCUUUCAAGAGGGAUUAAACUGCUUUGCCUCAAACCUAACAAAAGAUGCUGAGAAGGUUGACUUCUCCAAAGGCUUCAGCACUAUACAAGAUAUUCAAAUCUUAGUUCGCGACUCUUUCAUAAAAUACUCAGAUGCGAAGCGAUUUCCCAAGGCAAGCAAGUGGCUCCAGCGAACCAUUUCGAAGGUCCAUCAUUAUGGCAAUAUCAUGGAUGUUUUGGUUCAGCAUCAUCCUGACAAGCUUGCUGAUGAGAUCGAGGCUGCACAAAAUCAUGAAGCAACAAUAUGCCUUAUUUCAAAAGCCCUCUCACAAAUAGCAGACUCGCUACCUCGCGUUGAGCUUGUAACCAUACUGUAUCCAACUGUGCGCGUAAAGCAAGCAGUUAGCAACCUCUAUGCCAAUCUUGUGCGGUUUUUAAUUCGAGCUUAUGAAUGGUGCCAGGAGGGCAAAUUACGCCAUCUACUUCACAGCAUCACUCGACCUCCAGAACUUCGAUACCAAGACCUGCUGGAGGACAUCGCGGUAAACUCGCGCGAGAUCGACCAACUAGCAGCCUCGAGUGCCCGUGUGGAAAUCAGAGACAUCAGCCUCAAGCUGAACACCAUCGUCGCCAAAUUGGAAUCAUUCCAAGCCACACAGUCGAGCGCUUUAUUACAUACAAAUCAGACUAUAGUCGCAAAACUGGAGGUGUUCCAGGCUCUACAGUCAAGCGCACAGCUGGACACGAACCAAAGGCUUUCAGAUCUACAGUUCUCACAGAUUAUGUCACAUAUGUCCGAGGGGAAGCUUGGUGAUCCCUUGGAAGCUUUUCGAUUCAACGUAUCGCUACAGAUGCGUCAGGACCACGCUCGGCUUCAUGAGACGACCAAUGAGUUCUGGCAAUCCCCCAAGCUACAAGUUUGGUCUUCUGCGCCAGAGUCAGAACUGGCUAUUAUUAAGGGUGGUUUUCGUGCCCGCCAUGCUUCGAGGAAGUUCUGCGUCAAGAUCAUACAGCAACUGCAAUCGAAAAACAUUCCUGUAGUUUGGGCUCUUCGAGGUCCGCAGAAUAAUACUGAAGGAGGCAUUCAAAUUAUCCGAGAGCUGUUCGACCGAAAGCACUAUAUCUCUUCAAUGCGCACAGUUUCAUCGAGCUAA